AUGACUGGAAGAUCAACCGUUAAUUUGUUAUCUCAGCACGUACCUUCAAGGUUUAGAGGUCUCAUUGUGUCGUCAGGUCCGCUGUGGAGAGAGCAGAGGGCAACUGCGAUGACCAUCCUCAGAAAUCUCGGCAUGGGGAAGAGCGUCCUGGCGGAGAAAAUAUCUCAGGAGGUGUUCGUGUAUGUUCGUGAGUUGUCGCUCUUGAGAGGCCAGCCUUCUAACAUUAAAACUUUAACAAACAUGAGCGUGUCAAAUGUUAUUUGCUCGGUGAUUUUCGGUCGCAGAUUUGAGUUUGAUGAUCUGUUUUUUCUCAAGACUGUUAGUCAAUUUAAUGUGUUAGUUGAACUUGCAGCGACAGGCUCCCUUGCUAAUUUUCUUCCUUUAUUAGUAUAUCUUCCUUUUGAUAUUUUUGGGGGUAGGAGAUUAAUCAAAACUUAUAGAGAAGUGCAAAAAUGCAACGAGUACAUGGUUGAAAAAGUUAGAACUGAGUUUGAUCCUGAAUCAGGGGAUAAUUUUAUCUUUUCUUAUAUUCGAGAAAUGGAGAAGAAAGAAAAAUCUGGACAACCCACUUAUUUAAGUCUGGACAAUUUGGCUCGUUGUAUCGAUGAUCUGUUUGUAGCUGGGACUGAAACUACCAGCUCUACAAUCUUGUGGUGUCUUCUGUAUUCCAUUCACCAUCCGGAUAAACAAGAGAAAGUGUACCAGGAAAUUAUGGUACAUGUCGGGACAGAACGCGUGCCGAACUUGAUGGAUAAACAAAACUUGAAAUACUUUAACGCUUUUAUCAUGGAGACUCAAAGAAAAGCCAGCAUCGCGCCAAUCAUUACGUACGAAUGCAUGGCGGAUACAACUUUUGAAACAUACACUAUACCAAAAGGGACGCAAAUCGCGUCAAACCUCGACUCGGUCUUAAGAGACCAAAAAGUUUGGGGAGAUCCGGAAAACUUCCGACCGGAAAGAUUUAUUGAUGGGGAAGGGAACUUACAAAUCCCAGAAGAGUUCAUCCCAUUUUCUAUUGGCCGUAGAGCUUGUCUGGGCGAGUCUCUGGCCAAGAUGGAACUGUUCCUGUACAUGUCCUCUUUGUUCCAGAAGUUUAAGUUCAUUCCUGAAGAUGAGAGUAACUUACCUUCUCUUGAAGAUACAAGGGGCAUAACCACCCCGCCGCUCCCAUAUACUAUCAGAGCCAUACAAAGAAUGCAUUAA